UGCAGGCGCAGAGAAUUGGUUUGGGUGGCUUGAAUUUAAAGCGAUAGACGCUGUUGGAGUCCUACAAGACGGUCCUCAAUACCCUCCCCACAAAUCUUGGGACCAUUUGAGUCCCCAGAUCUGGGGAGAUGGUUUGCGGUGGAUUUGCCUGUUCCAAGAAUGCGCUGUGUGCUCUCAACGUGGUUUAUAUGCUCGUGGGCUUAUUGCUCAUUGGCGUGGCUGCCUGGGGCAAGGGCCUCGGUGUGGUGUCUAGCAUCCACAUCAUUGGAGGAGUCAUUGCUGUGGGAGUCUUCCUUCUCUUCAUUGCGGUGGCAGGACUGGUGGGCGCCGUGAACCACCAUCAAGUGCUGCUCUUCUUUUAUAUGAUCAUCCUGGGUUUGGUCUUCAUCUUCCAGUUUGGAAUCUCUUGCUCAUGUCUGGCUAUUAACAGAAACAAACAGGCAGAUGUCAUCAGUGCUUCAUGGUGGGUCUUGAGCAACAGUACCCGGCAUGAAUUGGAGAGAAGUCUCGACUGCUGUGGCUUGUUCAACCUUACAACCCUAAGCCCACAAGACGACACUUCCUGUAGUGCAAUGUGCAAAACUAGGAGUCCUACGUGCCAGAUGUGUGGGGAGAUGUUCCUUAAACAUUCAGACAAAGCCCUCAAGAUCCUAGGAGGUGUUGGGCUCUUCUUUAGUUUCACAGAGCUCCUUGGUGUUUGGCUAGCAAUGAGAUUCCGGAAUCAAAAAGACCCUCGAGCCAACCCCAGUGCCUUUCUAUGAGCCUUUUGAUCUCCCAGGUAGCAUCUCUGCAGCCUAGGCUGGAUCCUCCUGCCUCAGCCUCCUGCUGGCAUUACAGGUGUCACCACACUCAGCCAGCCCCUGGAUCCUCCUGCCUCAGCCUUGCCAUCUCCCAGCUUUUUAAAUACCCCCAAUUCUUGAAAACCUUUGUUUUAGAGAAAAUAGGUCCCUUACCUCACCCCCAAGAACUGAUCAAGAGGUGGCUAGAAGUAUGUCUGUGUAUUUUGGUGGGAAUCAAAUGGUGGAAGGGGGAGGCCUCUAUGCCUCUCCCUAAGAGGGUAACUUCACUGUUUUCCCUCCCUUCAAGACCCUUGCCUCCAAGGAACAGCCAGUUAUAACCCAGGGCCUCACAAGGACUGGGCAAGUAC